CACAUCUAUAAGGUUAAGUUUCACCAUAUAUGAGAUAUAUAGUCUUUUUAUUAUAAUUAACACGAUAUAAUUAGAAAAAAAAAAAAGAGAUGGCAUUGCAAAAUGAUGAGGAAUCUAAAGAUUUGCUUCAUUUUCAAGCUCAAAUAUGGAACCAUAUCUUCAGCUUUAUUAAGCCCAUGUCACUCAAAUGUGCUAUUCAGUUAGAAAUACCCGAUAUUAUCAAUGGUCACGGUGCACCGAUGUUGCUCUCCGAGUUAGUAGAUGCACUCUCUAUUAACAAGGAGAGAACCCCUUUUGUGUAUCGACUUAUGCGUAUCCUUGUCCAUUCUGGUUUCUUUGUGAAACAAAACAUAGGCAAAACGCGAUAUGGCAAUGACAACGAAGUGGAAGACAAUGAGAAAAAUGAAGGCUAUUUGCUAGCUCCUGCUUCUCGGUAUCUUCUGAAGGAGGAGCCGCUAAGUGUGAGACCCUUUUUACUAGCCAUGCUGGAUCCAAUAUUAAUGAAUCCAUGGCAAGAUAUGAGUAAAUGGUUCAAAAAUGACGAUGCCAACCCUUGUCACACAACCCACGGGGCAAUGUUAUGGGAACUUACAAGCCAGGAAUCUGGUCUUAACCAUCUGUUUAACGAAGGAAUGGCUAGUGAUGCAAGGCUUGUUACAGACGACGCCGUCCUGAAACAUUACAAGAAUGUUUUUCAAGGGUUAAGCUCAAUUGUUGAUGUUGGAGGUGGUACUGGGACCGCUGUCAAAGCAAUUGCUGAAGCUUUUCCGGGUGUUAAUUGCAUCGUAUUCGAUCUCCCACAUGUUAUUGAUGGUUUAGUAGGAAGUAAGAAUUUGAGUUAUGCUAGUGGAGACAUGUUUGAAGCCAUUCCCAAAGCUGAUGCAGUAUUGUUAAAGUGGAUAUUACAUGAUUGGAGUGACCAAGAGUGCAUAAAGAUAUUGAAGCAGUGUAGAGAGGCGAUUCCAAGCAAGGAAAAUGGAGGAAAACUAAUCAUCAUAGAUAUGGUGAUAAAGCAUGACCCACACGACAACCAAUCACUCGAGACUCAGCUUUUCUUUGAUAUGCUUAUGAUGACCGUUACAAAGGGAAGAGAAAGGAGCGAAAAGGAGUGGGCAAUGCUCUUCCUUGAUGCUGGCUUUAGCGAAUACAAGAUACAUCCUGUUUUGGGGUUAAGAUCUCUCAUUGAAGUUUAUCCUAGUUAAGUUGUGCUGCUUUCAAUAUAACAUGAAUGCCAAUGAAGCUAUCAAGAUAAGAUUUGUAUGCACGUAAUUCAGUUUACUCAUUGGCUUUUAUCCUAGUGGCAUCCUAACCCGUCAACCAAUAAGAUGUAAGUAGUACCGAGGUAGAAUUGGUGUGGAUGUAAGUAGACAACUUCUAAAUGUACGUGGAAUUUGUGUGGAUGUUCGUGUAAUUUUGCUUCUCUAUAAUAAGAAAAUGUUUUACCUCA